AUGGAUAAAAUACAGAAGAUUUCAUAUCACGAUCGAAACAGUGGAUUCAAAAGGUCCAGAUUUGAAGGUAAGCCUUUAAAAGUUGUAUUACCAAUAUUUGAACCAUCAGGAUUAUUGGAGCUAGAAUCUCAUAAUAAGGAAGGCGUUCAGCUAAAACAUGUGGAGCCGUCAGAUGCUCAAUCUCCAGCAGAUUACUGGAAGGAAAUGAAAGUGCCAGCAAGAAAUCGGUCGUUAUAUCAACUAAUGGUAUACAAAAGGGGACAAGAAAAAGUUGUUAAUGAGUACAAUUUAGAUUCUAAGAGUAAUUAUAUUGUAGGACGUGCUCUGGGAAGAAGCAUAAAUCCUGAAAAUUCUGAGAACGGGUCAAAAGAGGUUGUGAUCGCCGACGUUCAAAUACCAGAAGAAACUUGUUCAAAGCAACACUGUGUUAUACAAUUCAGGAAGAAAAAUAGAGAACUUAAAAUAUAUGUUAUAGAUUUAGAUUCUUCAAAUGGUACAUUGCUUAAUGGGGUGGUCCUUCCAAGAGCAAGAUACGUAGAGCUCAGAUCUGGAGACGUUCUGAUUUUGUCAUCUGAAGGUGACUCCGAAUACGAAUUAGUGUUUGUGAGUAUAUGA